UCUCUCUAUCUCCAAAGUUCAGAGUUCAAUUCAAAGUCUCUCAGAUGCCUCUGUGAUAUUUUUUUCUACCCUCUUGUUUAUAUAAAAGUACAUAUUUAUAUAUGUUGUGGUCCUUUUGAGUAGUUCCAUAUAAUUGUUUGCUUUUUGUAUCCAAAUAAUUUAUGUCAGAGUCUGGUAAAGAGCUGUCAGAAAUUGAUGGUGGUGGUGGUUGUGAUUGUGGUGGCAGUGGCAGUGGCAGUGGCAGUGGCGAUGGCGAUGGCGGUGGCGAUGAUGAGGGCAACGGCGGUGAUGGCGUCAUUCAGAAAGACGAUCAGAAGAAGGAACGUGAAAAUGGGUUUGGAAAUUUUACUCAAAGGGGCAAGAGGGUAGCUCUGUUUCGAUUGAGAAAGGUUAAGAAACAAAGUCAGAGAAGGAAUAAGAAGGGUAAUUCUGCAAUUUCCGGGUGUUUAGGAAAGUGGGUAUGUGGUACUGGUCGUCGUCGUGGUGGCGGUGGUGCUGGUUGUGCUGGUGGGGGUGGAGGUGGGUGUUACUUGUGUUUGAAGCAACCCCAGACUUUGGAUUCCCCUAGUGAGUCUGAGACAAGUGAUCCUAACAAUCCGGAUUUUACAUAUGAGAUGUGCAGAGAAUUGAUUGAGAAGAAUGAUUUUUCUUCUAAAGAAUACAAUCCCCAGAUGGGUAUAGAGACUGUGUCCUCUUCUUUUACGGAUGACAAGUGGGAGAAAAAUAUAUGUGAAGAGAAAUUCAGUAUAUGUGGAGUUGAAGUAGUUUCGAGAAUCGAGAAGGUGGUAGUGCUGAAAACUUUCUGGAUAAAUUGGGCAGAGCUUAUAUUUUGGCAGAUCAUACAUUGGGAGCUUAUGGCCAAGGCAAAAGUUCCAACUUUUACUUUUGGUUGCAAAUUCAUGCAAGACACAAUGGUAUUGGUGGGAAUCCAAGGACAAGAGGAUAUAGUACAUUGUUUGUUUCUAAACUUCUUAACUGGUUUACCUUCGUUCUGUUGUCCUGCUGGCCUCUAUGCCUACACAGUACACAACGCGUUCAUUACAGCUGAUGAAGCAGAGGAUUUUGCGAUAUGUAUUCGUGUGGAAGUCCGCAGCUAUGACACUAAUGUUCGAUGGCACCAUCAAGAUAGCAGCCACAACCCCCCACAGCAUUCUGUCAUCAUAAACCAAUGCCAUCUUUGGAAGUCACCCAAUACAAAAAGGCUACUUUCUGUGAAAUCAGGCAAAGGUACUGUGACGAACAAGCAUAGCUCAGUUGAUUUGUACAAUCACCAUGAAAUGUGUUAGUUCUGUGGUUUAAGUUCAAAUUUAUGCUAAUGAGAGUUGCUUAGGAUUGUUUUAAACAGAACUUCAUGCUUAACUGUAAGGUUGAAAGAGGUUGCUAAAAUAAGGCAAGAUGUCAGUGGAUUCUGAAUUUGGUACUUGCAUUCUUAUGAGGAAGAGAUCUGAUGAACAGAGUCAGGGACCUAUCCCAAGAUAUACAGAGAAGGUCCUGUCCUGAGUUAUAAUCUCUUGGGAGCCGGUCAAAUAAAACUCUUAAUAUUCUGCCAUUGAAGAGAGAAAUACAUGAUGUAAUGCAGAUGUCAAUUCAUCCUGGAGAAGUCCAAGUAAACCUGGCAAAAUUUGGAUGGUGUCGAAACUAUUAUGGGCAAUCCUCACUCAACCAUGCCAAUUCUUUUUUGUUUUUCCCUCCAGAGUGCCCGUGUGCAGUGAGAAACUUUAAUGUAGUAUGCUAGAUCUGGUUUGCCAACAGUGUUAUAUUGAGAUGCUCUAAUCAAGUGGAAGCAUAAGAAUAUGUCAAAGUGCAAUAAAGAAUACAUUCUAUCCCAACAGAAUACAAGCAAAGGUACUAGCUCAGGCAAGUCCUAGAUUUUAUCAGAUUUCCAGACUGAGGUUUAUUGUUGCAAAGAACCGAGAGGGGAAGUCACUAAACAGAAAGAAAAAUUAACUGAUCUGAUCUAUUUAGAAAAUAAAGAAAGAUUCGGGCUUCCUCUAAGUCGGGAAGAGUUGAGUCAAAUCUUAAACAGAAGAACCCCUUACGUUUAUAUUUAAAUUUGUUAAAGCCACUGUUGAUCAUACAUUGGGUUUCACAAUUUUGAGGAGCUUCAGGAAUUGUAAUUGUUCUGCCUCUUCGUUGGCAUUAUUCAUUUCAGAUUUUGUGAAUUUGGUUUGUCAUUUAUGGAAUAUGUAGGGAAUGAUCAACACUGAUGGUCUGAUUUGAUGAAGAGAUAAUAUACGGAGAUUCUAGGUCCAUUAGUACUUGUCUUAAUUUACAACAUGAGAGGUUGUAGCAGGUUAAAGAUGAAUGCAACAUAAUCAUAAUGCUUCUUGCACAACGGUUA